UACUAGCAAACGUCAGUUGUGUCACUAACAAUUUUUAAUAUUAUGAACUUAUUUGUCUUCCAUAUUUGACUUUUAUUCAGAAAACAUUUUGGUGUUUCAGGAAAAAUAAAACGGACCAUAGGUGCCUGUGUAGCUGGCCACAAUCUCCAACAAGUUUUGCACAAGGUAAAAAGGUUGGCGCACUGUGGUCAGCUGCACAGGAAUGUUGCUCUUUUGUUGGGUGUGAAUGACAUUGUGGUAAGUCAAGUGUUUGCUUAUUAGAUUUCAGUUACAGUACUUAAUUAAUUUGGGAAAGAUUACCAAUUACAAACAUUUAACUCUACCCCUUGCUCUUAAUGUUUAUUACAUAAUUUGAUUAUUUGCUUGCAUAAUAAGAGACCUUACUGUCAAAUAAAGUUUGUUGAUUUUUUACCUCAGUAUGAAGUACAUUUCAUAGCCACCAUUUUAUAUUUAAUGCAAUGAAAUCCAAAGAAAACAAAAAUACUCUUAUAGACUCAUGUAUGGUUGGAAAGUUAUGAAUUUCUCAAACUCUAAAAAAUAAAUUUUUAAAAUUACUUUACUGAUAAAGAUAUUCAACUCCUUUAGCCACUUCAAAUCGUUAUUGUGUUUGCUGAAUAAAUGAUUAGUGAUUCCAGAAAGGCGAAACCAUAAAAGCCAUGAAGCGGAGGCUCCGAAGCAUUCUCCGCUUCAUGGCUUUUCGCAGGAAGAAUGUUUUCCUUGUGACUGUACCCCCGUUCCGAAGGAUAGUGCAAAAGGAACAUACAAAUGAGUUGCUGGUUAAGUGGAAUGGCCAUCUUCGUAAAGUUGUGGACAUUACACAGAGCCGUGGUCGUUAAGUACUGAAUAGUUUAAUGUAAUCCUAUGUAUGUUACUUUUAAAUGUAGUUCUAUUACUGAAUGCUUACAUUUUGGGUAUUAUUUACUCUUAUAGCUAAUCAAGCGUGUCUUUAAUUUACAUGCAUUUUCAAUGAUGAACAGUUAACAUUAAAACAUAUUAAUUCAUAUAACAAACUGAAAAUGCAUGGGGGCAAAGAAGAGACUUUGAUAUUAUUGAUGGAAGAGUACAAAAUGUUAACACUGUAAGUGCACUUGCACAAUUAUGUAGUGAACUUCAACAGUUUUUUUCUUCCAGGCCGGCAGACUGUUUUUUUGCUUGACUUUGCGAAGAUGGCCAGGAACUUUCCUGGCAACUAUUUUGAAAGGGACGGGCUGCAUCUUUCGGGGCGGGGGCUAAGAGUGUUGGGCAAUUGCCUGAAGAAAACUUCAAGAGCCCUCACACGGUGGGAGGAAGAGGAGGACCAUCCACGCUCACAGUCCGACAUGCAGGGUGAGCCAGUUUCAUAGAUGAAGCAAUGUACCUGGGAUGGCUCUUAUGUAUAACCACUAAAGUGUGGUUGAACACCCGCUCCAGUGGGCCCCAUUAAGCUACUAGGCUGAGACUGAACCAUAUACUUAGUAGUUGAUAAACUAUGGUGCGUUGAUGCUUACCUAGAAUGCUUCCGCUAAGGUCUGGAAAUGACCAUACUACGUUCCGCGGAAAAGACUUGGUUUUAUAACACUUACUCUGUGCACAGCUCACAAAUAAACAAAUUUUGGCUGUUGAUGUGGGGUCUAUUGAAACCUUGCUACAAUCUCACCAGGUUGUGACAUGCAUGACAUGGAGGAGGGCCUACUUAAACACGGUGUAUUGCCUAACAAUAAUAAGCAAUUUACAUAUGUCCUUCGUGAUUACGAAAUUACACACAUUGACUGUUAAGGUGGACUAUUAUGAAAAUGAAGUAAUAGCUCACUGUGGAAUAAGGGGUAUGUGAUUAAAUGUUUCACCAUUGUAAUAUGUAUUUGGUGGCUAUAAUUUAAGUCAUAUCGAUUAGUCAAUUGUAUUUUUUGUACUUAGUGGUUAUGUAGUUACCAGUAAAAAAAAAGGCGGCGUUGGUUUCAAAUCUAAUUUUGUACCUCAGCUUCUGCUGCUGGUGCCAACACUGACUCUGUGACAUUAAAUUAAUGAUAUUGUCACGACUCUGUCCUCAAGAGGUUUCGCUCGUGUCACUAACAUUUAUAACAAAAUUGACAUUCCAGGUAGAGCUGAGAGGUACUACUCAUUUCCUUGUUGUGUUUCUCCUCUACAGGAUAAAGCCAGAACAUGGCACUGUAAAUAAACAGGCGGAGGUACACACUGUUAACAAUACUCUUUUAUUCCUCAAAGGAUCAAUAAUCUGGUCAAUUACAGUCGCCGCAUACAUACCACAAUAAAUAAAUAAUUAAUUUUAAAAAAUACAGUAACUAAAAAUACAGUAACUAUAAAUACAUAAAAUACAUAAAAUACAUAAAAUACAAAAAAAGAUUUAAGCUCGGGCGUUUCUUUAUUAGUCCACUGGUACUCGGCAACUUCUCUAAAGACCCUCAAUUCAAUAACAACUUACACACACCUAGUUUUAUUUGCCUUUAAUGUAGGUAGUUCCUUAGGAUUGUAUGACAAUGAAGCUUAUUAAUUAAGUCAGAUAAAACAAAAAGUAAGUGCCAUCUUGCCUGGGGUUUCGCAUCAGAAAUUCCGCACUAGGCAACAAACAAACAAAUUAAAUUGUUUAGAACAGUUUACAAAGAUUGUUACAAUUUGCUUAAUGAAAUAAACUGAGAUUAUUGUUACAAGAAAGAUGAAAUUCAUUUACUGUAAAUUAAAAUAAAAUAAAACAUUUGAAACCAAGAAUAAAGAAAGAAAAUCUCCGGCUGCCGCCUACACAGCCUCACGUCACGACGGCCCUACAGAGACUGAACUAAAAAAAGUACAUGCUGGAUACACCCUUUUCAUCCACACAGUCCGGGACUUUCCCUUCUCCGUCUCUUUCUAAUUUUAUCACACAUUUGGCCUUCAGUUCCCACAUUUUGAAGAGUUAUUAUUUCUGUCUCUCUCAGUGGGGAAACCCCGUCCGUUUCUUUCUCACUCGCAAUUACAGGCUACAUGUGCUUCUCUCUUUUCAAUACAUCCCACACCAAGUCCAUUGUUCUAGAAACAUUAUGUAACAGUUAUAUACAAAUAAAAACGUAACACAUAACUGUAAUACAAUAUUAAAAAUCAAAUAUAUAUUAGAAAAUACAUCUACACACAAUUCAACUAACCUACAUUAAACAUUCACCACGUAGCCGGGUAGCUCACAGCCUGUCACAGGACUACAGCCACGUGAAAACAUGUCGCGCCCUUUUUUAAACCAUGUAUCGAUUACAAAGCACGUACAGGAAAAUUACAUGACGGGAAGUUCUUUGUGAAGUUUUGUUCAACAUUUGUUAUUACAAUAACCUGGCCAUGCCCAUGUUUUCCUACGUAGUCACAACAUUGCUCAGCAGAUUGCACCACUGCCUGAGUCACGAGGCCAGGGCCCCCACAUGGCCGGUGCUGCUGUUACUACAACAACGGGGCCUGUGGGUCUAGGGAAGAAAAGGAAAAAAACUAAACAAAAAAUUAGAAAAUUUUAACAAAAUCAUAGAAAACAAACAGGUAGGCCUAGUUGUAGUAAGUAGUACCGAUGAAAUAUUACACCAGAGUUAUAUGAUUCUGGAUAUGUUGUUUGUACAGAACGUGUCUGAAUCUACAACUGUGAAAAGCAAAAACAACACCAUCUUACGUAAUAUAUUUAUUUAAAUAAUUUUAUUGUCAUUAUUACACAUUAAUUUACAAUGUUUUAAUGUGCGUUUGAAAAAUAAUUGUGAUAAGGUUAAAAAAUAAAACUAAAACAAUUUACAAAGAAGGCCAAAAAUAUUUUUUUCUUUUUGAGUAAGGAAAAAAGGAGAGGGGGAACAGGGCCCACAGAAUGAUGUGGGGGGUCUGCACGAGGUGUGCGCAAUAGGACACGCUGUCAGCCCAAUUCACCAUCACAAUAUCCUCCCCUGGAUUCCCCAGCCAUAUUCAUGCAAGGCUUGCAUUCCUUCCAGUACCACUGGUGUAACAACAAGCACUUUAUCCGAUGAUAACGGUGUAUAUCACCAGAAGGCAUUUGAUUUUACUGUGUGAUUACUUAUUAGCUUGAAUGUAAUGUAUUGUAAACGUGGGACAAGUGGCGGGACCAGCAAAAAUGGUUUAAUUGACUGGAAAACACUAUUCAUGGGAACGUAAUUGUCGGGUUCCACUGUACAUAUGUAUUUAUAAAUCUAUGUGUUAGUAUGUGUAUAUUGGCUCCAUAUGUUUAAUAUUGAACCUUAAACUUUCGGAAAGACAAUUGAUCGUUUUGCCCGGCUUUGAGGCCUUCAUUGUUUAUGUACAAUAAUGACAUUUAUUUUAGUUAAGAUUCUUGUUGUAAUAUAUAUUGGCUCGAAGUAACACAUUUACAUAAUUAUUAAAACAAUAGACAAAACAACUGAUUGUAAUUAUUAAUUUAUUCUUUUAUAUUGGAAUACAGAUCAUAUGAUCAUUAAAAUAUCAUACUGCAUUACACAUCAAAAGCAUUUAAAUUGUGAUUUUACAACUUGCUCAUUAUCUACAAACAAAGGAAUUUUUUGUAUAGCUAAAGGUUUUCUAAAUUGUUCUUCGACAUCGUAUUAGAAUUUAAAUUAAUUGUAUUUCCCUUUGUGGACAAUAUUAUCUAUGAUGUGCAUUGUACCAUUGCAGCAUUGUAGGUAGAUAUGCUUAUUAGUGGACGCAAAAUUUUAUGGUAGAUAUGAUUCUAUAGUUGAUUGAAUGUUGGUGUAAUUAGGAAUGACCCUGGGUGAGCUGGACAACCAGUUGCCUACCAGCGUCAUGGGCGUACCAGCUUCCCCAACGGAAACCUGGGCUACAGCUGAAGACAUGGAAUCGGAUGACACGCUGCCGGACGUUGAAGCAGAACUGCUGAGGCGGGGUGUCAUCUCAAAACCCUUUUUUUAGUCAUGUCCGAGGACUAGUGGUGCACCGAUAUGACUACCGAUUACCGAUUCAAUUACCGAUUAUGAGUUGGGCUGUUCCGAUACCUCCAUUUCCGUUACAGAUCCCGAUACUCCGAUAACACCACUGAUUCCGAUAGCACUGCCGAUACCAAAACAGAUACUCACAAUUUUUUUUUUUUGUUUUCUUACAGAGAGUUAAAAUUUUAAGUAAAAUAAAUACAAUGAAAAACUAUUUGCGUAUUGUACCUAUGAACACACUAACCCCCAAGUCGAUAGUAUCUUGGUACAACACCCUGAAAACUGGUAUGUAUUAGGGUUCUGUGAAUAUUGGAAAUUUCCGAAUUUGAGUUCGAAUUUUUUGAUAUUCGAUUUGUCAAUUCAAAUCUAAUUCAUUUUACAAUAAUUGGACUUGCAAAAUCUGGUCCGGAUACACUAAUAUAACCCAUCUCCCCCACACCCACAUGUUUAAAAGAAAUGUAAAUGGACUAUUACAUCAUCUACUUACAAAAAAUAUACAACGAAACCCCUUUAUUUACGUUACCGUUAUUUACGUUUAUCCGUUAUUUGAACCAUUUUAUUUCUGUCCCGUGUUAACCUCAUUUGAUGUAAUGCAAUAAAUUCCCGUUGUUUACAACGCGUCUAUUGCUUUACGCAGUUUACGCCGUUCAUUGUGAUAAAACUGCUUACUAACUUAAUUGAUCCUAUUGCAAAGUAAUCUGAUAUGUAAAUCAUGUUUGAAAGACGUUUUUAACCAUUAUAAACUUCAUUUGUAACCUCUCGGGUGUAGCUUUAUACCGCUUAUAAAAACGUAUGCUGCGCCAGUUUGGUUGUGCUGAUUCCGGUAUUCCUGUAUAGAACGCGCGCACGUAGUCAAAGAUUGAUAUCGAUAGCUCACAGACUGCAUGCACGGGCGCGCUCUGUCAGGAACCGUGUUAACCCGCGCGAUCGUUAUGCGUAUAUUUACAAAUCACGUCCUUUGGUACGGGUUUCUUGAUUUAAACUGUGAAUUGUGUGAUAAGUUUUUCAAAGGUGGUAUUUUAAAAUUUUUUAAUGAUCCGUGUUAUUUUAAUAAAAAUUCUCAAAUUCAAAACUCUUAAAUUUUUUGGAAAAAUCAAUUAGAACUGAAAAAUCACAAUUCGCAGAUGUCUAGUAUGUAUACCAAGGAGUAUUGGUAUGUCUUUCUAAACACCCUUGAGAAAUGGCGAUACCACCACAACAGUGAUGGAAUACGUAUUUUCUGGUACCUGAAAAACAUUUUUCUCUUUUAACUAGUGCGUAGAUAGCCGAAUCAUAAGCUUUCGUGUGGAUAUUAGGAGAAUAAAAAGGCGGCCGUACGGUAUGUUGUGUAUUUACAGAAUCGUGAUAGAGAGGUUAUGUGUCGGUCUUGGUAAAUAUAGAUAAUGUAACUUUUCGUUCAUUUCCAUGGGCUUAAUAUGCACUGAACCAAUAAAUUACUGUUGGUUUCAGUCCCCUCAAUUACUGUAACUUCAAAUAUCUGUAUUUGUUUACUUUAGGUAAGCAAUGCCCUGACAUGAAAAAAAACUUCCUAUCUUGUUUGUAUGUAGUUUAUUGUUUAAUUAUGGGGAUUUGUUUCUGAAACAUGAGAAAUUCUUUGUUUGUAAGGUAAGUGGUAACAGUAUUUACGGCUUGGACGUGAAAUUUUGUGAAGAAACAUUUAAUUUCUUUUUUUGUUUAGUUACUUCUUUCGGAAUGUCAUGAAUCAGGGUUUUGCAAAUGUUCUGGGUACGAUCUUCAAGAUACGCUAAGAAGCGACCAAGCUUAUGACGUCUUUUGCAAGGGAAUAUUGUGUGCUUACCUAACUUGGUAAAACCACUGCUCUACACUCGCAUUACUAAACCUUGUCCUGUCCACAGUUGGCAGGAUGCUACUCCACAUGGGUGCAAAUGGCAUGUAUUGUUUUACGAUAAACGGUGCAAACUGUGGGCAGUGAAAUUCAUUUUUCUUUUGUGCAGCAAGAUGGCUGAAAGAUGAAACAAUGUCAUCAUAUUUGCUUUUAAAUAACUUGUGAAAAGGGCUGCCAUUAAAUAAUCUUUCGCCAGGUUCCCCAAAUUCAUGACAUUCUUCUGAAGCAGUGUAACAUUCAUUAUCGGACAUUUCAUUUGACUUUUGCGAACAGUUUCUCAGGAAUUGCAUAGCUCUUUCUACUUCUGCAGUCAUAGACUUAGAUACCAACACUGUCAUAAAAUUUUCAAACCUAUCAAUUAUCGUUAAUACACAUACUUUCCAUGAUGAAAACUUUAAGCUUGCCCGUGAUGUUGCGUUUCUUCAAGUUAAAUGCUAUACGGUUCAAAAAAUGACUGCAGCAGAUGUGAAGAGUGCAGAUGCAAUUCAAAUGUGAAACUGAUUCACCAGAACAGACUUUGAAACACAUAUCCAAAUAAGCCAAAACUGUCGUAGAAUUAAAUGCCAGCAAUGUGCUUUUUAUCAAAGCUAAACUAAAAUCUGUAACCAUUCUGGGAACAACAGGCCAUUUCCAAUUUUUUUGCAUGUAAUGUCUGAACUGAAGAAAAUAACCUGUCAGUGAAGCUGUAUCCUGACAAGAAGAAAUUAUUUCGAAAAUUGGAAGUAUUGUGUUUCUUACGUUAAUGACAGCAGCAUAGUAAUAAAUACGGCCAGUUUUACUAGGUGAUCUUAUCAAAGAACCAGUUGCAUCAAUAUACAGAUUACCAACGCUUUCUUUGAAUUUGUUAAGUACUUUUAGCUGCUGAUCGGAAAACGCCAAACAUCCCAAAGGCAAAGUAAUGAAGCGCAAAUACUGGUCCUUGCUAUUCAAUUUGGAAAAGAACCUUUUCAAAAGGUCCACAAUGUCAUCACGGUCCAUAUCAUUUUUAGAAAGAGCCUCGGAGCUGAUUUUUUGUAUUACUCUUAUACUUUUCACAUCCUGUAAAUUUCCUUGCGCAGCGAUGUCUACAUCCAUUUCUCGCACUUUACUGUACCGAAAAGCGGCCGGAUGAAUAGUCAAUAAGCUAUUUAUCCACUUCUCACGCAGCCAGCCUCUGACUUGACUUGUUCUGACCUCAGAGUGAUUUUCACGGUUGGGGUCAACCAGCCGGGUUUUUACAGUGAAAACAGGAAGUGUUCCUUCACUACACCGUAAUUCCACUUUGUAUGAUUUAUCGCAGCUCACAUCCGUGCAUUUAACAUAAUCAAAAAAAUUGGAAAUACCUUUAAGUUUUUGUAACCCCUGAAAUUUAAAAACACAUUUGAUUCCCAUUUUUUUCAACAGUAAUUCUUGCAAAACAUGGUGAAUCUGGCUGAUGUUGGAACGUGUUGGAAGUGAUUCAGCAGAAAGUGUAGGAAAAACAGAGCCCUCUACAAUACAUUCGCCAACAAACUGGGUAUAUGCUACCUUGGUCCUACGCUUCUUAACUGUCGCGGAUACCGAAGUGUCAAUCUCGUGACCUAGAGUUUACGGAUGUAAUGGCUUGGAGUUGGGCUUGGGGCAGUCAGCUUCAAUAGGCUGUUAAAUUAUUUCCGUGUUCGCACGUUGAAAUUGUUUGAAUUCGAUUGGUGUGGGUUCGCAUAUACCUUCGACAACAUCUACGUUUAAGGGAACAGGGACAUUAUUAGACAACGGCAAAACUGGUACAGCUUGGUCCUUAAAAUUAUUUUCCGAUGUAUUAUCAUGAACGCUAAUGUCAACUCUACGAGAGAUCAAAUCAGCAACAAUAUUUCUAAGGUCUCCUUUUGACGACCAUCUUUUGUACAGUCUCACGAUAUUUUUCUUAGAUCUUUUUAAUCCUAUAUCUGCACAGACUUCAUACCAUUCAGAUAGUUUGCCACAGCCAAAGCGAUCAACAUCAUCAACAUUGCGAACACGCUGUGCCAACACAGAAGCAAUAGCGAACAGAGUGCCGCAUUCCACAUCUCCGGAACCCUCACACAUUACACCGUAUAUAUCGCGCACUUUGCAGACAUUUUUUCCCCAUCGCUUUCGCAGUAAUUCCCUUAACUUUUUACCUUCGUAGCCCCGUAUUUUUUUACUUUCCCGGCCCCAGAAGUGUGCAACAGCUUUACCCCAUACAUCAGACCGCUGCGGAAAAUCAGAAUCGACAUUCGCAUACUCAGAAUGCGAAAACAGGAAAGUAGUCAAAUCAGUCGCACUCACCUCCUUCGACAGGCCAGGGUUACGUUCGACGCCUGAUGUUAUCAAUGCAACCACAAUCAGCACCCAGACGCAGAAACCCCAUCGGAUCAGUUCGCUAAACUCAUUAUUACAGCGACUUUUUUGCAGAUUUCUACACCUAGACCCGUGGAGACCAAUUCUCACACGCCACGUGGCCAGGUCCACACCCAUGCUCGAACAUACGAUGCAGUGCUACUUCCAAUAAUAACUUCCGCAGACUGAGGCCGAAUUCACGCCACGCAGGUCGUACCAUAGUGUAAAUGAAGGGUCGAAUUCUGGCCCCAAAAAAUAAACAGCGCUGUAAUCGGUGGUAAAAUCGUAAACUAAAUAAUUUAUUACACCAGUUAUUUCAACGAUAGGAAGGUAUACGAAACGGCACAUAUAUUGGACAGAAUUAUCCCACCAAAAAAUUAAACACAUUUUUUUUCCACCUUAGUAUAACAGGUUUUUAACAAUAACAAAUAAAUUAAAGUUCCAAAACAUUACAAGUACUUUUUCCGUUAUAAAACAGUUUCUUGUAGUUUUCUUAAUGUUACAAUUAAAAUUACAUAACAGUUUUUUGCAUGUAAAUGAAUUUCACAAGACAUAACUACUUUAUAUUGAAUUAAAAUUUUUUUUUGUUUGAGCAGCUGCAGUAUAUUGUUUGUAAUCGUGUAAUUUUCAUAAUAAUUGUGAAAUUUGAGCAUGUCUGUUAUCUAGUUCCAUAAUCCAAUCCCAUAUGUUUUUUUGAAGAUUUUAACUAAGUCCGUAUGUCUCGCAAAAUAAAAUGUUGAUACGAUUUGAAUAAUGUUAUUUCUCCGAUGAGGUCGAUGUCAGUGUAAUUUCUCACUUUGUUACAUACAACAGAAUAUUCUUUCAGUAUAACUAACUUAGUUGCAAUAAGCCCUUGAAGUCGUUACUAUCUGUCUUUGGAAAUACAAAAUUGCUAAUACAUAAAAAAUUAUGUUAUUUCGGUUUUAAAGCCUAAGAGAAACAUAAAAAACCGCAGUAUAUGAAAACAAUUGGCCACAGUCUGAACUCUCAUUUAGCAUAUGGUAUGCAUAACAGAUAUGGCGGGUGUGCAGUCAAUGAACAGAGUUAAUAUUAAUGAAUUUUUUAAAUAAGUUAUGAUUUCUAAGAAAAAUCAAACGAAUAGCCUGGGUAAAGUGGGGUUGAUUUUCUAGUUACUCGUCGGCAAAAUAAUAAUGUAACUAACAUUGUUUAGUCUCUAACUCGCCAGGUAUAUCGGUUUGAAGGUGUUGGUGUUAGACAUAAAAAGAAGCAGCAAAAUAUGAGAUUGUAAUUUUUUACUAGUUGAAACAACGACCCGUUUCGGAAUUUGAUGUUUAUUCUAUUUUGAUUCAUUGAUUUCAUUUUACAUAACAUAUAAAACAGUUAAUAUAUGCAUACCAUGCAUAAGUUAUUUGUCAAUUUCUAAAUCUGAAACUUUGUCGAUAAAUCAAUGACCAAAAAAUGUCAAAGGAAUAAUUAGCAUAGCAAGAAUUAGCAUUUAUUUCUUAAAAAGGUAUCCGUUCUUCCACGAGGUUCACUUCUGUAAAGAGAGUAACGCUUAAUUGCCUUGAGCUAGCUAGCUCAAUAUGAGAGAAUCCGCUAGCGAAUGGCUAGUACGCAUGUUGAACUAAACUUGCUGUAAUGUUAGCUUAAAUUUUUAUGUAUUUAAUGUUAUUAUAUUUAUUAUUAAUUAUAAUAUUAAAAUUAUAUGUACUUAAUAUUAUUACUUAUAAUUAAUUUUUACGUUUUGUCUAUUUAAUUCUAUUGCCUGCAUUUUUCGUAUUUUUCUGAGGUAAAAUAUUUCACCACCAGGUUAGGCUUCACAGUUCUACUGUUACUCCAGGAAUGCUAUACGUUUACUAGCCGUUUGUAUUAUACAUAUUCUAUGCCCCACGAAGUUAUAUCCGUUCACCGGAAGUAUAAAAUUACAUGCUUUGGCUCGAAGGAUUCCAGUAGAAGCUAUUUUUAUAUUUAUGCACAUUGGCGAAGAACAUUAGAGGUUGUUUCCAUAGAGGUAUUUGACGAGCAAGCGUGUUGGCGAGGUACUAUACUUGUUUUCCAAGCAUUUUCCGACGACCAAGACUGAGGACUACGAAAAAUGACGGAGCACAAAAUCGUAAGUACAAGAAGUAAUCAGUUACAUGUUUGAUCUACAACAAUUUGAAGUGACUGUCGAAGUAUAUUUAAGUUGUAGACUGACCGGCACACUAUACACAGAAUGUUUUUUUUUUUUUUCACUUAUUAUAGUUCACGCAGAGUUUUCCUUUGUAAUUUCCUAUGUACAUUGCGAUUGUUCCCGCUUAUUAAGUGUGCGAGAGGGAGAGGGGGCAUCGAGUCUCGGCAUUUCCCUCCAGCCAUAAUUUAACGUUUAUUUAGAAGGAAGGUAAUAUCGUGCGUAGACUUCACAUUCUCGCGCCUGUUUUGCGGUGCUUCCAACUCACCGGCAUUGAAAGUGACAACAUUAUUUAUAACCGACCUUUUAUUAAAGUCUGUAUAUAACACCACAAAAUAAACAAUCCUUUUUAACGAACAAAAGAAAAAUUUCUCAUAUGCGUUUGGGCUGAUACGGAGAGUUCGUUACUUCCCAAUUUUGUAAUUUGAAAUAAAUUCAUUCUUAAAAAAAACGCCUGUAAUAAAAAUGUACUUAGUAUUUUAAAACCGCAAGCUUGUAACAUUUUCAGUUCGAAUACAUGUUAGGGUAUGGAGGUAAGCAAGUCUUUCAACAGUGUUAAGUUUUUGGAGAAAUGGCGAUAAGUUAAAAUGGCGGUUUCAGGCGUGGCUUGUCGGUACCGCAGUAAGCUACAGUUAAUAAUUUAGUGCAAGCGUUAUAAGUAUUUUAAAACGACUGAAACCCAAGUCGUAACUAUAAAAUUUAUUUUAAUAAAUUUAUCUCAAAUUUUUAAAAUUUGAGUGUCAGACUACCAAGGUGUUAUUUUAGUUAAAUGCUAAUCCUUUCAAAUGAUUCUAACAAACACCAAAUAUGUGACUUUAUGUAGUUUUUUUUUUGUUUUCGAUUGUGUUAUGAAAAUUGUACCAUUUAUUUUAUUUGUUUUGAAUUUUGUAUGUGUGUGUGUGUGUGUCUGUCUACAUAUAUUUAUACAUACAAACAGUCACAAAGUGUAUAAUGUGUAUAAUUAUAUUCAUAUUUAUAUUAUUAAAUUUGGUGAAAUACAGGAUACAGUAUUUCUUGAUGGAAUAAUUUUUUUUUGUUUUCAUAUUUGGAGGCAAUUGCUAGGAAGAUUAGGGAGGCUUCUUGUUUAAAUUUUCAAAAUAAAAAUAAAUGUGAGGGCAUAGAUGCAACUGCAUUUUAAAAGUAACAUUUCAGAGCUUUUAAAAAUAAUGUUGCAGAUCCAUUUGUUAACUAGCAUUACUUAUUUAUUUUUAGAUAAGAAUCCCUAUUUUACUACCUGUUAACUAUUAAAAAUAAUGACAUAAAAUUUUGAAAUAUUACAAAAUAUGAGGUAAGCAAUAAGGUAAAAUUAUUUAUUUAAUUGCAUUUCUUCAGGAUUUUUUUUGUAGCAAGAUAGAACACUGAAAGCUCAACAAACCUCUAUAAGUUAAAUAAUGUUAACAGAUUAUUAAAUGAUAGCAAUGCACCAGUUGCAGAUGUAAUAGAGGAAUGUGGGAUAACAAGUUUUCAGGAACCAAUAUCCCUAGUUUCCCUUACUUGGAAUUCAAUUUUGUGAUGUAUAAUACACAGUCAUUAGUAGUGGGUUUAAGCUUUUAAGAUUGACUUCCCCUCCCUCUAGCCCAAACCCCCUUAUAUUAAUUUUUGUAAGGUAUUUUGCAAACAUGUUAGGAAGUAUGGGUAUAUAUAUAUAAAAUAAUUUACAAUAAAAACCUAGUACAUUUAAGGUCACCCCCAAGACAGAUGUGUUCUGCAAUAUGUAGCCUUAAAAAUUUUUGUGCGGGGUUUUGUAAUAUGAAUGAUCAUUAAAGCAACAAUGAAUUUAUUAGUCAAUCUUAGUUGUCCUCAAAUUGCCAUAUUUUACUUAGUAAGUUCAUGAAUUAUUUUUAUCCAAAUACAAUGUUUGACAAAUAUUAAAAAAACUGUCUGGUUUAGAACCAUAAUAUCAUCUGGUUAGAACUAUCCAAUUCAAAGUUCUAGUUUAGUAUCUUUCUUUGAAGCUAGGAGGGUUGUGCACUAUCAUCAUUGCAAUGCAAUGCAGGAACAAUUAACUCCAUCAAGAUUUAUCUCUUGUAAGUUUUCACUUUAUAUUCCUCUGCAAAUUGUUGAAGUAUGGCAGAAAUAAUAAAUGUGAUGAUACAAGAGGAGACGUGUAACAAAAUAUGCUACUCUAAACAGAGCACAAGGUACAAUUGCAUGAGCUAACUCAAUGCAAAAUCCAUGUAUGCAAUGCAGUGUGUAUUAAUUUCACGUUGUGGGUGUUACAUCUAUGAUUGUUUAUAGGAAAUAAGGGGGCACAUGCUGUUGGGAAAUUCUUUGAUGGUGCGCUUAGGCCACCAUGUAGCCCGGACAAGGUAUGGAACUACCUUGAGGUGGGAAAGAAAUGGUGAGUUGAAUCAGUGCAUUUCUAUUAUUUAUAGCGAAACUAGUUUAGUAACAUAUUAAUGCACACAUUUUUUUUUUAUUUUUUUUUAUUUAGAGAAUGGUAAAGGAAUUUUAGGAUUCAGUGUUUCCGGAAGCAAGAUAUUCAACCAAUUAAAGAUUGUAAGAAGGCGGAAGGAGGAGUUGCGAGGGAAGAAGAUCAUCCUUCUUACCGGAACCAACGAUGUCAUGACAAACAACCGGUACAAAUGGAUGUAUCUGAAAUUUAUGAAUGUAGUAAAGUUCCUGGAGAGUAUCGAUUGUGAGGUAGUGUUGAUGACACUGCCUCCAAUCCCAGUUCUUUGUGAGGAAGAUGAGAGGACUGGCCUUCUGAUGAAGUUCAAUGAACUCAUUAGGCACACCGCAGGUACGUGUUAAGUGUAACUUGCAAUUACACCAGUGUUAUUAAACAUCUGUUAUUUCUGCAACAAUUUCCAAAUUACAAACAUUUUUAUCUGCAUAGAGUACAAUUUAUAUGGUGUUGGUAAUCCAAUUACUUUCCGUAUGGUGUUAGUAAUCCAAAUACUUGACUAAUUUAAAAUUCUAUACCAUGAUAUAUAUUGCACCCUAAAUAUAAAUUAUGAACACAUAUGACCUAAAACUAUACCAAAAUCAUUAGGAUACCUUUUCCAAUAGCAGUCGAUUAAAUAUUUUGUAUACGUACUAACUAAAGGAUAAGUAAGGCUCGAGUACUACGAAAGUUCGUACUUAAACUUCAGUAUUGUUCUAUUUUGGAAUCGCGUAAAUCUGAAGUUCUUGGGGACAAGUAUUAGUGUCACUUAUAAAAAGUUAGCUGGCUAGCUAGGUAAUCUUUUUACAUGUUAUUCUCACACUUUGGAACUUUGGAGAUACUGUCAGACAAAAUUAUAUUGUCAAAUCAACUUCUGUAAUUAGAACUUCGGAAUUUAUUCUGGGGUAAGUCUUUGAUAAAAUAUUCAAAACAGAUCCACCCGCUUAUCAAAAGGCUGAAACUCACAACAGGCUAUACCAUGCUCAUGAUAGUUAACCACAUAACUUUCAAGUGGAAUACAUACUCCUUUCCAACCUUACCAGCCUGAUGCCAGGGCAGUAACAUGCACAAAGUCUGUUCUGACCAGUAGUUAUUUCUACAGUAAUAUUUUAACUUGUACAAUCUUUUAAGCCAACAUUACUAGAAACAGCCUUGCAUAAAAAACCAUUCUUCUUGCAAUCAUCAAGAGAUAACUUCUAGGUGUACUUUUUUUUAAGGUUUGAAUCAUUUUCUAGCAAUGGUUAGUGAUACCUAAAAUGUUUAUUUUUAAAAUCAUUGCGGCCAAAACAUGCUAUUUCUUUUCCCAGACAUAUAUAUGUAUCCUCAUUUUAAAUUCUUAGGUUGACAAGUAAAAUUAUAUAAUAUAUUAAAAAAAUUAUUUACAUUGAGAGCAAAUAUUCAUAAACAUAUGCCAUUUAAAACAGAGCUGAAAUGAUUGGUAACUUCUCAAUUUACUAAUAAAUUAUAGUGCAAAGAGCAAUUCAAUUUCUAACAAUGAUAAAAUGAUAUAAUACAAAAAAAAAAACAGAUUAACUAGCAAAUACAACGAAUUUAGACUGUGAGGCAGGCUCUGUACGGCACUACACGUACAUGUGGUUUCAUUGCUGGCUGAAAACUUGAAUAUUGAUGUUUAAUUACGAUCGAAAAUAGAGCAAAAGAUGGAAGUGAAGUACCAAUAAUGGAACAAAAUUUUUGUUAAAUAAUCCACAGUGUGUUAUUGACAUGGGACGAAUGUUCAAGUGUCAAUUAGGCCGUCUCUAGGAAACUGUAAACCCAUUUUAGCAAUUCACUACUACAAAACUAUAAAUAUCUUGCCUCAUUUUCUUUUUAUAACUGUCCGUGAAACCAGUUAUGCAUUGAGGAAAGAAAAUGGAAUGGGUACAAGUAAAUUUUCCAUGGGCAAAGACAUGCAUUGAGGCAAUAGGCCCUCGCAAGCUCAAACAUUAUUUGUUUUAAUUUUUCAGUGUAAGUUUAUGUUUACUUAGAUACUUUAAUUUGUGUGUUAAAAAAAAUUCAUCUUCUGAGACCACAAAUUUGUACAUAUUGAGAGAGCAAUCAACUGACUCAUUUAAUGUAAUGUUUUGCAACUGCAUUCUUUUUUGUACAAUAGCCCCUCCUGCAAAGUCUUCCUGGAGCAGCCCCUGCAGGGGUAUCACAAAUGUCUACAUGUAUUCCAUUUCUGGAAAUGUUCAUGAUAUAUUGUACUGAAAGUUUAUAUAUUUGGAAUUUUCAAUAUUUCAUGUAUGGGAAUUUAACAAUUAUGCAAAUUGAUAUUCUUUUCAUUGUUGACUUAAUUAAUGCUGGGUGAAAUAAGUUUUUUUCAACAUCUAUGUAUUUCUAAGUUCGCAAUAUGUUGCUGUUUCCAGGAAACAAGAAGUUACGCCUGAUUGACAUCUACCAACUUUUCAUGGAUGGGCCAGUCAUCAAGGAAACAUUGUUUGAGAAGUAAAUAAUUUAGGUGCCAAAUUGUGAAUUAAGUUUCCAUAUAUAUUUAACUGAUGAUUUCAUGUACAGUGAAGCAAUAAUCUUAACAUAGAUGUAUUUAAAAAAAUCAAUUCCAGUUGGUGAUGUUUCAUUGUAUUUACUGCAAUGUAUGUAAAAAGUAAAAAAAAAAUUUGCAAGUUAUUUUCAUCAAAUGCCAUUUCAUAUAGAUAACUAGUUCAGUCCAUUGACAUUUUAUAGUAAAAAAUAAUUUACACAAAGCAAUACUUUUCUUGAUUUCCUGCUGUCAUAAUUGAACAAUCAUAGAUGUGGUAGCUUUUCCAGGAGAAGGAACAAUUUGCUAUUGGUACCAGUUACUAGCAAGGCCUCAAUAGUAGUGGUUGUUAAACCUGUUAGAACAUUAAUAAUAUUAAACCAAAACUUAGAGAAUGCAAAAGACCACCCAUGCAGUGUUAAUGAAAAGUUCAUCAGGGAAUUGGGCAUUUGCCUGGAGUGAUUUCAAGUGCCACAUAACUUAUUCAAUUGAAGUUCCUAGAGUUAUUUGCUUCAAGGUGAUUUUAUUAAAAUUUGUUACUUUAGGAUUCGAUUACGAAAUGACGUGCAGAUGCAUGGGACAAUGUUUGUUUCACAGAGUGAUUAGUUUAGAAUGAAAAUGACAAAAAAAUGGUAUACAACUGCUUUCAGACUACACUUCUGAGUCUGAGUGUAACAGAUAUCAAUGUUUGUGGAAAACCUGCAUAUUUUUAUUACUUUUUGCUGUAAUCAUUUACCUCUCCUUAUUAAGGUUCUACUACAAUAAGAGAAUAGACAAGCUCCACUGGAACCGCGAGGGAAUGGAGAUCGUCGUCAGAAAAAUUGAAACAGAAUUAUGAAAUAAUUUUUGAGGUAAUGAUAAAUUGAUUUUCUGCAACAAUAACUCCAAUUUACAAAUAACUUUUCAUUGAAAUUUUAUAGUCUGGUUUUGCAUGAACCACAUGGCAACACUUUAUUAAUUUGUCUGCUUUAAUAAAACUUAAAUAAAUGAGAACAUUAUUUGCAUCAUGUUUCAGAGCAGACAUCAUCGACGCUUCUGGCAGCAGGUUAACCUUCAACGUGGUAACGUUUCUAUUAUUUGGUAGUGUUUUCUUAUUCCUCUUUUCAGACAAAGGCCUUUUAAACCCGGAUAGUUCUACUUAAAUUUAGUUACAGACAAAAACCUUAUAAGAUCGGAUUGUUAGCAUAGCAUAGGAUAAGUUUUUUGACAGGCCUAGUGAAAGCUAGGUUCCACAUUUUCUAUAUUUUACUCAGUGUGUAAAAAGAUUAAAGCAAAUAAUUUAGUACAUACUUAUGACUAAAACCAACUAGGCUGGCGAUAAGACAAAGAGGUUCAUUAUAACUUCUGCUUUAAAUUCAUUACAUUAUGUCUUGCAUGAUGGAAAUCCCCAAAUGGACAAAAACUCCCUGUUGGACUAAUCUAAUUAUUAAACAAAAAACUUACUUGAGUAAAUAACUGCAUUAUUCAUUUUAAUAUAAAUACACACACAUUAUUCAUUUCGAUUGUGGCUUUGAUAUUUAAUUUACGUUGUACAUACUUCAUUGAUUAUGUUAUAAACAUUUCCUUGCCAUAAUUUAGUAUAUUUAAUGUUUACAUUGUGGCAUUGCUUUUUAAUUUACAUUGUACAUACAUAAUAUUAUAUAAAUGCCCUCGUCCAAACAGAUUAUUUAUUUACUAAAUUGAGGGUAUUUGUAACAAGAACCACACAUAUUAUUUAUUUACAACGUGGCUUUGUAAGACUGUACAUACGUAAUAUUAUAUAAUUAUAUAAAUGUCUUCGUCCACCCAGAUUAUUUAUUUACAUUGUGGCAUUGUUACACUGAUCAUAUAUGCCAUUAUAUUAUUUAAAUGACCUCGUCCGAUCAGAUUAUUUGUUUUCAUUGUGGCAUUGUUGUUUAAUGUGCACUGUACAUAGGUCUACUUUAUUUUGUAUUGUAUACAUGUACUCUUAUAUUGGAAAAACAUAAUUUACCUAUCCACUGUGGGAGAAAGAAAUAAAAAUAAAUUUAAAAGUUGGAAACCAAUGGAAGUACAGUGAUGAAAUAAUCAUUACAUGCAUCACUUAGUCAUAUUUUCUAUACAUAUAAAUGUUUUGUGGUACAAUCUUGUUGCAAAGCUAACACAAUAAGGGCAGGACCCCAUUGUAGGCUACUUACUCUUCCACCAAUCAGAAAUGUCUUUAUAUUUACUUAUAAAAUUGUAUCAAUUUUUAUUCGUGCAAAGUUCAAUACUUUUUUUAGCAUACUUGAUUAAUAUUGCAAUAUUUUUGUUACAUGGUGAUUUACAAUUUCCAGUUCUUACUCUUCAUUGAAACAGCAAUGUUGAAGGGUCAUGCGUGUACAUUGUAUGCCCUUUGGCAUUCAAGGUAAAGACAGUUAUCCAGUGGUUUUUUUUACUUAACCUUAACGAAUCUAUGUGUGUGUACUAACCAUAUUUUCUGUUCCAGGUCUAAGUUGACGAAUGUUGAGUGCCUAAUGACUCUGCCCCAAUUUUGUACCGUUUGGAAGGAAGGCAACGAUUUUCAGUCCAUGAGGCAGCCAUAUGUGAACUUGUACGUAGUGAUUUCUCAUUUAAUGAGAAUGACCAUUGGAUAAAACACCUGUGUAAUAAUAAGGUAUAUUUCACAGGUGUUAUGUACAUAUGGGCUAAUAACCCAUUCAUGUGACAACUGCAUUUUGACUAAAAACAUACAUUGCUGUACACAACAUGCCACACUCAAGAUAAGACACCAUUGGAUAUACAUCACACUUACAAGCCUCUGAGGCUCACAAAUGCCUUACUUACAUGACAUCAGUUAGAACCUACUCACAACCACAACAAUAAUGUGCACAGCUUACCACACAUACAAUGUACUGUAGCAUACGUAUAAAUUGUUGGUAUUCCAUCUUAUCCAAGCCAUGCAACUCGUACUCAAACCAAGUGGUCAGAAGAAUAUGUCAGGUGCAUCUGCAAUCAUAUGCUCAGAAUAAGUUGUAGAAAUUGAGUGCUCCUCUCACUCUCACACACAUGCACUGAAUGCUCCAAAUGGCAGAACGAUGGUACAGUAGUGUUUCAUUUCACAAUUGUAUAUGUUCAUUCCAAUCCUGUGGUUUAUUCCCACAAUUAUACAUGAUCACCUACAGCUAUGUAGGUGAUGCCUGCCAACCUAAUAUCAAGAAAUACCACACCAUUGUCAGUAUACAACAGGUAGGCACAUAACAUAGAUUACUGUAUUUACUCGCAUAUACAUAGGUCGCGGCAAUUUUACCAGAUUUGAUGGGAAAACAAUGAAGUGCGACCUAUAUGUGUUUACGUUUAUCUUGGAGUGACUAGCCGUGUUUUUUCUCUUUUUUUUUUUUACAUUGUGAAGGGUCGUGGAAAAAAUAAUUGCUUGAGCUGUCAAAAUAAACAUCGCUGACGGCAAGGGCGUGAGCGCAUCCCGUCGGUCUGUCGCUGUGAUUAUCUUCUCCAAAAACAUGUCAAUUCAUUACAGGAUAGCAUUGUUCUUAUAUCUUUCGUUUAUAGCCGAAUGUAUUCUACCUGAUCCACACAAGUUCCCUCACCACGUUUUGAAUGAAAAUAACAACCAGCCGGCUAGCAUAGCCGAACUCGGGUGAUGUGAAUUCACUUAUUUUAUUCUGUGCAUUUUUUCAAUACAAAGCACUGUUUUUGAGUUACAGUCUACAAUUAAGACAUUUUCAGAAGUCAGCAAUCAAACAUGACUUCAAUUUUCUAUAUUUGGUUAUUAUGAGUACUUGUUGUUACAACACUUUAUCACGCCAUUAUCGGCUCUCGUAGUAGCGGAGUUUUACAGUACCCGUUAACUCUUUCGUGCACGGCGCACCGGCCGUUUGCGUCAUUAAAUUACCGGUGCAACCUAUAUAGGGGGAAUAUUAAAUACCAAAUUCAAGACCUCAAAUUAUGGGUGCGACAUAUAUGCGAUGGCGACCUAUAUGCAAGUAAAUACGGUAAUGUGUUAUUUUAGUUUCCAAAUUAUAUUUUUAAAUCAAUCAUUUUUAAAAUUAAAAUACUUAGUAUUCUCACAUGUGGAUUUUGUUACUAUACUCACGUGAACAAAAUGAAAUAGUUUCUUGAGGUCUGUGUGGCUGAGGAACGUAUUAAGCUUCCCAACCAUUUGGAUCACAAGAAACCCCAGUAAUGUGGCCACCGCAUACAUCAAAUGUUUUGCACGUAAUGUGGUGCCAGUUCCAAGCCUGGAGUAACACAGAGGACUGGCAAAUGUAAUAUUAGUUAUAACUGGACUGCUAAUUGAAUGUUGAUUGUGCAUUUGAAGUUGAGGUUUGGUUGCAGGGUUGGUGUGCGAAUAUAACUUUCAGAAAUGGAUUCAACUGGAGGUGCAGGUAUACAGCUAUCUUUUGUACAGUACCGGGUAGCAGAAGCAGGUGGGUAAGUCUGGAUCAUGGUUUGACAUGAUGUUGAUUUGGGAUAAAACACAGGGCUCUCAUUGUCGGGGAUGCUCAUUUGAAUCCUGGUCAGGCAAUCUUAAUUUUGAUUUUUCCGUGGUUGCUUACAAUAGGCUAUGGCCAAAACUUUCCCCCAACAUUCUUUUUCUCUGUUGUGUGCGACUGUCUGUGUCUGUCAAACAAAUGAAGGCAUUUGAAGUACUGAAAAUCAAGUAUUCAAGUUAGUAAUUUUUAUAUUAAUAUUGAAAUAAAGUAAUAAUAGUUAAGAAAUAAUACUUUAGUUGAUACAAUCUAUUUGGUUUAGGUCUAAUAAUAUGUCAUUAAAAUACAAGAAAAAUUUUACCCCCGAAUACAGGUUCGUAGAACUACAAAUAAGUAUAUGUGUGUUAGAAAAAAUUAAGAUGUUUAAAGUUUAAAGUUCGUGUAAGUGUAGUCGGUUAGUGAAAGGGAAUAAAUGCGUAAAAAAAAUAAAAACUUGUAGACUUUUUAUUCAAAAAGGCUAUUUUUGCCAUAUAUAUGUUGCAAUGUAUGUUCUUUGUAAUUCGUUUUAAGUUAUUAAUGUAUGGCCACUCAAAUAAUGCAAGCCAAUACUGAAAAUAGUGAGUUGCGCAGGAAGUGUGCUUUUUAUUAUAUGUUUGGUUACUAAGGAUCACUUGUAAUGCGUGUCCCUGCGUUGUUUUAACAACGUAACCAAUAAAAAGUGAAGUAAUUUAUCUACAGAAAGGCUACACAUUAUUGCCAGAUAACUGUAAGUAAUCAUUCAUCAUGUUAAUGUUUGUGUUUGGUUAUGAGUUAUGAAAUUAGAAGGAUGACGGCUCGCAGAGAGAGAAACUGUGUUUGUCCAGAAGAAUUUGCCAGUUUUUUGUAUAGUAAAUGUCAAACUAUUUCAGAGUUAGAUAGGUUGCGUUGUCUGAAAGGUGGAGUGUUUGCAGAAGCAGCACAAAUAUUUUACGAAAGUAACGCUUCGAAAAUAACAAAUUUACUCUUUAAUAGAUGGCAUCGAAAUUUCCAAAAUGUCCGGGAAUGCUUCACAAAAAUCUGCAAAAGAGAACUUUUGCAGGAAAUAAGCGACAUACAAAAAAUUUCUAAAUCAAUAAUUAACCACAUUACAUCCCUUUGUGAUGUUGACAAUGCUAAUACAACUCGUAAUUCUCUUUGGGGUUUGGUCUGUAGUGACCUUGGGGUCUUAAACGUAAAAAAUAAUAGGCUCAGACUGUAUGUACGAUGGCAGAGAAAUACUGGCAACAUAAGAUGCCAGGUGGAGAAUAUGUUACAAAACAUACCUAAUGUACGAGAAGGUUCCAAUAACAAACUACACAAGGGUUCCCAAAUUGAAAACACUAAUUUAAACUCGGUGACAGUAAUUGGGGAAUGUGCAAGUCCGGAAAAAAUAACAUGUGAUGAUACGCUGAGUAUUCCAGCCUCGUUGUUAAUUGUAAACACAUGCGAAAAUCGUACAUUAAGUUCAUGGCAAGAAGGUAAUGUCAUCAGUUGCGAUGGCUUAACUGUCAAAGAAAACUUACAUAAUGAAGUUUCAUAUAUUUCACCAGACACUUCCUUGCCAGUUUAUGUUGAACGUUCUGUUCAGUGUAACAUGCGCACUUCUGAAAGUACAAUAUGUAGUCACUGUGAUGUAAAUUUGCCCAAUUCCCAAGGAAAUGCUCCCUUUAAUAUGAUUGAAAACCAAGGUUUCAAAGGAAAAUUUAAAUAUAGAUUAAAUACUAUUAAGUCAUUUCCUUUUGCUUAUGAAAGUUUACAAUUGUAGAUUCAAAGUUACCAAAUAUGUGUACCAGGAGUCGGCUGUCCCGGUUUGAUACAAAUAAAAUUAACUGCUCCCUCAAAGAGGCAAUAA